GCUCUGUGACUUUACAAUGGCCAGUGUUCUUCUUGCAGGACUAGAGUUGGAUUCUCAGGAUUUUUUCCAUGCAUCGUCCCAGCUUGUGAGGUUGCAGUGGAUUUCACCUGGACAGGUGUGCACCACAGCCAGCAAAUGUCCAGUCAGUAUGAACCAUGAUGAGCGCCAAAGAGGAAGAAACGUUGCUAUUUUUCCAGUAUGUUGAAGACAGCGGUCUGAGAGCGUAUAACGGCCUGGUCACUCAGAACCUGGACCACGUGUGGAAUGAGAAGAGCAGGACCAGCAUUCAGGAGAAAAACGAUAAGAAGAGAAAGCAGGAAGAAGCUGUUAAAAGGACAGGCGAGGAGGUUCCAGCGGAGGUUAAGCACCUGCGUAUGGCCUCCGUGAGCAUGCCAGCUCCAGCCGAACGCGUGUCCCCCCAGCAACCCCAGCUGUGCAGUGCGGGCUUCGCCGUCCGCUCCCAGUCCCUGCACUCUGUAGGGGGCGGGGAAGAGGAGGGAAGCCCCACAUCCCGCAAGCAACCCCCUCCCAAACCCCGCCGCGACCCCAACACCAAGCUCAGCAUCUCCUCUGAGGCUGUAGACCUCAGCACCUCCACCUGCAGGGGCGGAGACUCUGACAAGUGUGACGCAAUGCAAGGCUGUGGUGAGGACUGCAGGAGGGUCCCACCUCCAAAGCCCAAGAGGAAUCCUAACACUCAGCUGAGCACCUCGUUCGACGAGUCCUACGUCCGUAAUGCUGCCUCAAGAGGUUCGCCCCCAAUGUCCCACUCAAGGGAGGUCAAGGCUUCCUCUCCUUCUCCUCCUCAUCCACAGCCCCAGAGCCCACAGCAGGACUCGGACUCUGAAGAGCCUGUUUAUAUUGAGAUGUCUGGCACUGUAGGCCGAGAUCCGCCCAAUCGCAAUGAAGAUGAGGAACCGGGUGAGGCCGUCUAUGAGGAAAUGAAGUACCCAGUCUUGGAUGAGUUUGAUUCGCGUUGGGAUCUUUCCAGUUGCCGGUCACAAUGUGCCACACCUUGUCCGUCUGAUAUAGACACCCAUAACCCCCUGAGCCGAUGUUCUACACCUCGGGGGACACCCCUUUGCGACAUUCCUGCACCUUUCCCCAACUUGCUGACCCACCGGCCUCCUUUACUUGUCUUCCCCCCAGCCCCAGCACAGUGUUCACCCAAUUCAGACGAAUCCCCACUUACUCCUCUGGACAUGGCCAAGUUGCCGAUGUUGGAGAAUGCUUCCUCCUAUGGCAAGUCGCCUACUUCCUCCUCCUCACUGGAACCACUCAGCUCUGCCUCCACCUCGCACAUAAGGCGUGCAGAAAGGGAACUAACCGCAACUCCAACCAUCACGGUCUCAGGACGUUCCUCGGCACCUCCUUUGCCAUGUACGCUCUACAGGAGUUCGGGCAGUUCCCAGAACUACCAGCGGAGCCACUCAGCCUGCCCUUCUCCAGUCAGCAUGGGCCGCUGCCUCACUCCGCUUAGCCUCAUGAGGGCCCCAGCCUUCGACGGGCCUUUCUCAGGACCUGCCCUGCCACGAAGCGCCUCAGCAACACCCCACGGCAAGGGCUCUCCGCCCCAGGACCAAUCGGGACGCCUUCAUGGCUCCAUGCAGAAUGUCUCCUCAGGACGCUCGCGGACGCCCACCAGCCCGCUGGAUGAACUCACCAACCUCUUCACCACCGGCAGGAACAUGCUGAAGAAAAACUCCAGCGGCAGGAAGAGCAAGGAGCCGGGCGAGAGUGAAGCCAAAGGGAGGUGCCACAGCUCAGAGUCCAAACGGGAGCACAAGGAGAGGAGCCAUCACAGCAAGGAGUCUAAAAGGGACAAGGAGCGCAGCAGCAAAUCCUCGCAUCGGCGUGAGAGCAAAGACCGAGAGGCUAACGGCACUGAGGCCCUCCUGAGACGAGACAGCAAGGACAGAGGCUGCAGCAAUGCAGAGCCAUUACCGAGACAUGACAGCAAGGACAGGGGAUGCAGUAAUGGAGAGCCACUACUGAGACGUGAUAGCAAGGACAGAGGCUGUAAUAAUGCAGAACCAUUACCAAGACGCGACAGCAAGGACAGGAGCUGCAGUGGUCCAGAGCUGCUUCCUAGACAGGACAGCAAAGACAGGGGAUGCAGCACCACUGAGACUGUAUCACGACAUGACAGCAAAGACAGGGGCUGCAGUAGCAUGGAACCUUUACCCAGACGAAAUAGUAAGGACAGAAGCUGUAAUGGUCCAGAUCUCCUACCCAGGCAAGACAGCAAAGAUCUUUCUAGGAAUGGUCUGGAACGAUGUGACAGCAGAGACCGAAGUUACGAACUGUUACCCAGGCAUGACAGUAAGGAUUUGAGCAGGAAUGGCCUGGAGUGCCGACGCAACAGCAAAGAAGGUGGAAAGAAUGGUUUAGACUCUCGUCAAGGUAGCAACUAUGCUGCAGACUGCGGACGAGAUAGCAAGGAAUGGAACGGUAAUGGGACAGACUUGAUACACAAAAGAGACUGUAAAGAUAGGGGGAUGCACACGACAGAUGCCUUGACCCGACAUGACAGUAAAGACAAAAGCAGCUUCAGCACAGAGUCACCCAAAGCACACGAUAGGGAUGCAAGGUCUGGACUUCCGUCUAAUUUGUCCAACCGGUCUGGACGCUCCCCUGUGAGUCCCACGACGACUUUGGGUAACUCUGAACUGAGGACAGUUCCAAAGGUGGGCCGCUCCCCGUCCACACCAACUGCACCAUCACCACUGGGGACACCUCAGAGACAACCCCCAGAAGCCCAAGAGAUGCCACCCAUGCCAUGGGUAUAUGGUGACAGCACCAUGCUGGAAAUGAUUGAAAGAAAACAGCGUCUGUGCCGUGAGAUCAGGUCCCGUCAGCGGCUCCCUGAACGGAGCCCCUGCAAGAAGGAGACCCUGCCGGCUGUGACCAAUUGGAAGAAGGCCAACGGGGCGAAGAAGUAUGGGCCACCACCAUACCCGAACCAGACCACUGUCUUUUGGGACACAGCAAUCUGAAUGGUUG